AUGCACGCGGAAGAGCCGCCAUAUAUUUGCAUCGAGACCCUGACACUCACACAGAUGGAUACACGCGAGGCACUGCCGUGGGCUCCCUACGCCAACAUCUGCCACACGGAGGUGAUCCGACGAGCGAGACGUGUUCGAGACGUUGUUGUUCGUCCGCCCGUCCGCCCCCCCCGGCAGAGAAAGCGGAGGGCCAGGAGCGACCCCGCGGUAGCGGCGGGACGCGUCGGGACCCCCCCCCCCCAACCGCGAAGCGGACGGCGGUCGCCGGUGGUGGCAGCGAGCCGGAGGACCACGCGGACGUGGAGACGGGGAGCGACGGCGAGCCGGAGCCGCGGGACGCGACGGGCGGCGUCCGGCGCACCCGAUGGGGCCGCGGGGUCGGGGACCCCCCCCCUGAGCCGGCGGGGAUCCCGGCUCGGGGUGGGGUCGGCUGAGGCGGCGGUCCACAAGCCCCGUGAGUGCGGGCGAGAGUUUCACCUGGACGAGGAGCGAACGGAAGGGAGGGAGGACACGAUCUCGUGGGCGUCGACGCCGACGUCCUUCGACUCCGAAGACGACGCGGACGACGGCAAAGCCCCGGGAGAGGUGGACUACGAUCCGAGCUCUAUCCUUCGUUUCCUACGCGCCAACUUUGGGAAGCGCGGGGUAGACGCCGAGGCCACCUUCCCCGACGCGCCGGGUCUUCUGGCAGUCGUGCGGAAGAUCUGCCGUGGCCGUGACGACUACGGCUGUACUGAGCAGGAGUGUUACAGGCUGAAAGCUCUCGCGCUGAAGUUGAAGAAGAAGAAGUAUCCCGGGAUUUUACGCCUCCCCCCGGGGGCCGCCGCUCCGACUGACACCUAGAGCCGCGGCCCUGGUGGUCGGGGCAGGCAGGUCUCGGGGGGCCUACGUGUGGGUACGCAGGUAUAGGGAUGGACUCACCUGUGUGCUGCUGCUGCUGGUGGUGGACUCGCGUCUCCGCAGCGCCGGUUUCGCGCUUUGGACUCGUACACUUCUGAAGGGGCCAAGCUACAUUAAGGACAGAGAUGACCUUCUUGUAGCUAGCCAGGAUGACGUGGACCUGUUGGGUUUGUUUUCGCGUGGUUGACGCGGCAUGCGACGCGUUGUUGUUGUGAUCUUGGUGGCGCUGACCGUGCGUGGACCGGCCUGUUUCUGCUCCCGCUCCAUCUUGCGAGUGGGUCACGCGCGCGAUGUUCGAGCGCGGAACCCCGGAGCGGGUUUGUGUGUUCAGGUGUGCACACUCGCCCGAGCUGGCAGGGGACCCCCCCCCCCCCCCCCCCCGUGCAGCGCGUGUGUCGUGUUGUGGCGCUGGGGCUCUGUCCCCAUGGUCCUCGUUGUGAAGCAGGUUCUAGAGCGGUGCGUGCGCGCACCUCGGGCUGGGUUUUUUUCCUUCCGUUUAUCAGUUUCGUUUGCCGUGCGGUUUGCAAUGAUGGGUACGCCCGUGUCGACGGGGCCUUGGUGGUGAUCGGUGGCGGUGGGCUUGCGCGCGAUGACGCGCACGGACCUUGUUUAUUGGAUUUUGUUUAUUGGUGACUCUCGCUGUGUGAACACCGAAACCGCCCAGAGCAUUUGCUGCUGGGUAAUAAAGGAUUUCAAAAGUCAAAGUCUCUCA